AUGGGCGAUUACAUAAGGAAAAUCCCCGUCUAUAACGAUUACGAGAAGAAGAAAGAUUUGUUAAAAUAUGCCUUUUUGAAAGAUGGAGAGGAGGACCAAAGAGACGUCCAGAAAAAACACAUGACGGAGGAUGUCCAAUUUGUUAGUAAGUCUCACAAGGGGCAAGAAGAACAGAAGGACUCCUUUCUAAAAAGCCUAAAAAACAAACUGAAGGAAGACAACAGCGAGAGGUACUACGCCCACGAGAAGAAGUUCCCCUUCCUCAUCGACACGACUGUGAAAAAACCAGAUAAAACGAGAAGCAUGCGGGAUGUGCUAAAUAACAUUUAUGAACAGGAUGAUGCCGAGAAAAUUCGUUUAUCAGAUGACAUUAAAACCAAAGCGGUGUUGCUGGAAAGGAGGAAGGAGCUGUUUCUCCAGGAGUUAAGUGGUGGAGAGCUCGUGGACGUCCACGCGGAGCUGUUUUUAGACCCACAGAAAGAUUACAUCGACGCAGUAAAGAAUAAAAACAAAAUGCUGACUCUGAAGAAUUACGGGUUGGGGCAGGGCCCUUCCGAUUUUGUUUUUUCCUACCCGCACAUUAAAGCCAAAGGAAGAGGUGGGUAUGCCACCGAAAUGGUGAAGUCGAACAUACUGAAAAAUAAAAACGAGGGAGUCACAAAAAGGGUAAGUGUGGCGACAAAAAUGUCUGCCUUCUUUUCUUGUGUCUCCUCCGAUUUAACGUUAAACGUGCACAAUGUAGAAGUCUUCUUGAUGAAAAACAGACUGAGAUAUAUUAACCACACCAGAAAUAGCCACUUCGUAGAAAGUUAUCUGAACGUAAUUGCACCCGCGUGA